AUGGCUCUAGUCACCCUGCGGAGCAAUCUGUGUCGUUUGUGUGAUUUUCGGACUCGUACCUCCCUGGCCACUCUGAAGCACUGGCCCUUGCGUCCUGCCCAUAGACUCGUCAGGGCACAUCUAUGCUGGUGGGGCUCCUCGCUGCAACCAGCCCCCUCCCGGGCCAGCUCACCUCUCGCCAGUGGUCAACACUUCCAUUCUGAAUGGGGAAAUGUGUCUCCUCGAACCCACGAUGGGGACAGGCCUGAGGAGAACCCAGAUGAGCAGACGUGGUGCAGGAGGCUACGAGACCUCAGUUCAUCAGCAGACGUGCUGACCCUCGUGAGCUCGCUGGACCCGCUGCCUGACGCUGUGGCCGUAUUGGCUUUACAGCGGAUCCGGGAGGUCGAAAAGGGAGACAGCAGCGGAAGGCUACGGGGAGAAACCCUGGAGAGCCCCAUCUUUAAGGCUCUGUGUUUUCAGUUGGAACAGCAGUCCCCUCAUCUGACAAACGUGGGUCUGGCGACGGUGUUACAAACCCUGAGCAUGUUACCUGCAGACCCUCCAAGUAGCUUGUUACUGACGUUGAUGGCAGAGUGCCAGCGGCGUCUCCAGGAGGGGGGCCUGGCAGUCCACGAGCUCUGUGUCCUUGGAGAAAGUCUGGUGCUCCUUCCAGGGCCCGGCCACAGGCUGCUCGAACUGGUUACUGGUCACCUGCAGAGGGAAGAACUAGGCAGGUUUUCCCCGGAGGACAUUGUGGCCCUGUAUCGAAUACUGCAGGCGUGUCCUGAAAUGGUAGACCAGUCCCAGGGGUUCCUGAGUAGGCUCAACAGCUUCACUGUGUCCUUGGUCUCCCGCCUGAGUCCCGGGUCCAUGAGCCAGGUGCUCAGCGCUCUGGUGGCUCUUGACCAAGCUCAGGCGCUUCCGCUGGUGAUCAAGCUGGGCAGGUAUGUGGGAAGGCACAUCCCGCACUUCACCAGCCAAGAGCUGGGGGCCGUGAUGGAUGCCCUCAUGUACUUCGGGCACCACGACCGCUUUCUCACCAAAGCCCUGGAGCAGCACGUGGCCACGCAGUGUGUCACUCUGAACUCCGAGGCGCUCAGCAAGGUCACCGCCUACUGCAGCAAGAAACGGGUUCUGUCCAAACCCAUCCUGAACACAGUGGCGGAGACCUUCGUGUGCCAGGCGGAGACCUUGGCACCCCAUCAGAUUUUAGAGUUGGUGGAGCCCUUUGGCCAACUCAACUACUUGCCCCCCAAUGCCCCUGCUUUCUUUCGGAAGCUAGAAAGCACGCUCGCCGCUCACUGCAUGAAGUUCCCCCCCAAGAUGCUGCUGAGACUGCUCCACUCCUGCUCGCUGCUCGAACGCCACCCCAUCAACUUCAUGGGGAAAAUUUUUAGCCCUCACUUCCUUCACCAGCUGCAGGGUGAUGAACCCUACCUGGACAGGUUGAGUCUGGCACAGCUGACCCAGCUUUUCCUCACCUCCAUCCUCGAAUGCCCCUUCUAUAAGGGUCCCAGACUUCUCCCGAAGUACCAGGUGAGGUCCUUCCUCACCCCAUGCUGCUCGCUGGAGAGCCCGGUGGAUUUUCUGCUCUAUCGGGCAGUGAUGACAGCGCUCAUCGACCUUCUGGGAGCCCGGCUGUAUUUCGCCUCCAGGGUGCUCACGCCCUACUGCUAUACGAUAGAUGUGGAAAUUAAACUAGACGAAGACGGAUUCGUAUUACCAUUCACCGUGCACGAAGACGUGCAUAAAAGGGUAGCGCUGUGCAUUGAUGGCCCUAAAAGGUUUUGUUUCAAUAGCAAAAACUUACUAGGACAAGAAGCCACUAAACAAAGACACCUCCGGCUGCUGGGCUACGAAGUGGUUCAGAUCCCCUAUCAUGAGGUUGAGAUGUUAAAAUCAAGACUGGAGCUGCUGGAGUAUUUACAAAGCAAACUGUUCUCUCAAAGCCCGGGGCUCCGGUGGUAG